AGUCCUAUAGUAUGAAACACUUAAUACUUAAGUCCAAAACAAAUACACACUGUUAAAGACAAAAUUUAAACAAAUAGAGAGAAAAUUCUAUUGAUAUCGCCUAUCACUAUUGUGUUUUGGCUUCUCUCUGAGCGAUAGUCGGACUUUUAUAUUUCCAAAAACAAGCUCAUAUGUCGACAAAGAUUUGUGCAAACCUAUUCGCCACAAUUUCUCCCAAAAGAAUAUUAGUGAAUUCAUGCGCCGGUUUGAUCUUGUUUGGCUCGAAAUAUAAAAAUUAGUCGAGGAUAAUUAUAAAAUGUUAUGUAUGUUUUUUUAUCGCGCUAUUGACACUAAAAUAUGAGAUUUUGGCUAUGUAUAUUACUGGUUAAUAGAGCUAGUAGACUUAAGAAAAUUCUUGAAUAUCCUGCUAAAUAUUCAUGGAGCCGCCACCGAUAAAUAUUUGAAAUGUUAGUUUUUUUUUUUGUCCUGAUAAAUACUUGAAUAUUUGAACUAAGUUACAACAAAUGAGAAGAUGUUACUAGUGUAUCUUAAACAAUGUGAAUUAACUACAAUUAAACAUGGGAGUUAUACAACUCUUGUAACUAUAUUUGCCCAUAUUUAUUGACAUGGGUUUAGUGUAACCUUUGGCAAGCCAUUUCCAGAAUUUCUGCACCAAUCCUCACUUUUCACUAUAAUUAUAAACUACACCACCGAGAAAGUGCUAUUACUGAAAUGGUAUAUGCACCCCCAAAAUUCAAAAGUUUCCUCUUCCAAAUUUUCCUCAAAUGAGGGUUAAUAUGCUAAGGCUUCCUAGUGGGUACAACUCAUCACAAAACUCUUACAAAAAGGCAAUCCUGCUAACCCUAACCCUAGCUCUCACAACCCUAAUCAUUCUGCACUACGUGUAUGACAAUGUAUCAACUCAUCAAAACAUUUCAAGCCCUCUUUACCGAUCGAAACCGUUGGUAAGUCCCGAUGACACAAUAAGAACGAAGUCAAUGAAGGGAUGCAACCUUUUUAAAGGGGAGUGGGUGCCGUAUCCCAAAGGACCUUAUUACACAAAUGAAAGCUCAUGUGCACUUGAGGAAACACAAAAUUGUCUCAAGUUUGGAAGGCCAGAUACAGAGUUCUUGAAGUGGAGGUGGAGACCAGAUGAGUGUGAGUUGCCUCUGUUUGAUGCAGCUGAGUUCUUGGAGAUUGUUAGAGGGAAAUCCAUGGCCUUUGUUGGGGACUCAUUGGCUAGAAAUCAAGUGCAGUCACUGGGGUGCCUGUUGAGCAGUGUCGCUCAAUCCGUGGAAAAAUCGUACGAGGACAAUCCAAGAUCCAAACGAUGGUUCUACCACGAUUUCGAUUUCACCCUAGCGCAUUUAUCGACUACUCAUUUGGUUGAAGCCAAGGGCAUCGAUGCUACGUCAGACAGCCCUGUAGAACUGCACUUGGAUGAGGUUGACAAGGCCUGGUCAACCCAGGUUCACGAUUUCGACUGCGUGAUCAUCUCGGGAGGACACUGGUUCUCCAGGCCGUUGAUGUAUCGCGAGAAAAACGAGGUCGUCGGGUGUAGCAUGUGCCGUACAGAGAAUAUCACAGACCUCACCAGGUACUAUGGAUUCAGAAAGGCGUUUCGAGCCGCCUUUAGGAACCUUCUUGACAGCAAGAACUUCAAGGGGACAAUAAUCCUGAGGACAAUAACGCCCCCGCACUUCGAGCCCCAGGAGUGGCACGGGAGAGGGAACUGUGUGAGAACAAAGCCGUAUACGAAGGAAGAACUGAAAUUGGAUUGGGAGAUUAUGAUGUACUACCUGGUUCAAGUGGAGGAGUUCUUGGCAGCAAAACUGGAAGGGAAGAAAAGGGGAUUGGUUUUCAAGUUGCUGGAUGUAACUGAAGCCAUGAGGCCAAGGGCAGAUGGUCACCCUAACCAUUUUGGGCAGCCACCUGAAAUGAGGUCUACGACGUUUUCCGAUUGUCUCCGUUGGUGUUUGCCCGGACCGAUUGAUUUGUGGAACGAGCUUUUGCUGCAGGUAAUGAAAACGAAGGGCGAUGGCCGCAACUGGUCGAUUUGAAAAUCGGGUAAACUUAUUAUAACUGGGGACAGAUUCAAGAUUUCAGCUUUUCAGGUACGAGUUAGUCAUGCGUUAUAUGUAACGUUUGAAGGUUUUGUUAAGUUUUAGGGGUGCGGUCGCCUCUCCGGGCCCUGGAUUCAUCACUGCUGAUUAUGGUUCUGGAUUUCCAAGAGCAUUGCAUGGUUUGUUGUGGUUUGAUAUCAGAUGGAGAAAUAUCAUGUAUAGGAAACCCAAAGAAUGUAGCAGGCUAGCAGUUU